GGUAUCCGAUUGCUCGGAGCGGAAAACCUGCAUCCGGAUCACCGGGUUGAAGAACUAUUUGAAUGGGCGCUACUGCUACUUCGGGGAGAAUCGCUAUCCAGGCGGCUUGGUCUUCCUGAAGGAAGGCAUCACAAGCUACGAGAGCUUUUGGUUCCACCGUCGAGGAGCUAACGGGGACUGGGUUCUCCAGCGACCAGGCGACUACCAAAACGCCUCUGCGGCCUACAUGGCGUUCGGAGGUGACCUCAUCAACGAAGCUUUCGCGGACGGCAGGACAGAGGAUUUUUUCCGGAUCGGAGGCUCAUUUGUCCGUGCCGAUCUCGAAGUGGAGACACUCCACUGUGACUCUCCGAACAUGACUUUCGCGGACGACAGGGUUACUGCUAUAGAGGAAGGGGUGCAGACGCUUGUGGUGGAUGACCCAUCCACCGAGACGAUCAACGACUUUUGGCUGCAUCCUUGCCAUUGUGCUCCGCCUCCCUGGGGGCAGAACUUGCCUGUGACAAGCGAGUCCUUUUCAGCAAUCCCGGCAGGCAGCCAGAAUAGGUUCAGGCCGCCGCCCUUUCCCAUCGUCACAGGUGAGCUUUCGUGCGAACUUUCGGCACUCAUAAACAUCAUUUACGAGACAGAGGUGCAAGCUGUGGAUGCAGAGGAAUGUCAAAGCCAGUGUUCACAGACUCAAGCAUGCAAGUACUUCCUCGCUGGUGAAGUUCUCAAUGCCAAGCUGUGCCGGUUGUUCAGCCAGUGCACAGAACUCUGGCGUGAGAUUGGUUUGUCAGGCACUCUUUAUUCCUUCCCUAAGACUGUUGAAGUUUGCGCCAUUUCUGACCCGGUGCUCUGUUGGCAUACCACCAAGCGUCGCCAGAGUCUGCGUGCUUAUUAUGACACUGCCUCCACGCAGUCCCUGAUGAGAGCGCCAUGCUUGGAUCAGACUCUCUUCGAGAGGUGCGACGAUUUCCUCUUCAUUGGCGGCCUGGGAGUCGAAGAGUGCUCGCCAUGCAGGUAUAUGGAUUCAACACAGGCUGGGCUUGACAACAUACUCAGCAAGAGACUCUUGCCGAAGCGCUUUGACCAUGGCACGAUGCUGAAGGUGGGCUGUUGGGGUGAGAGGUAUACUUCCUUAGCCAACAAACUCCCGACCUCUGGCUUCGCUCUGACCUGUGCCACUGGAAGCUGGCUUGCCGCGAGCGGUUCGAAAGGCCUUGCAAACUUCCAGUGCAGCGCCUACAUCCAGGUGGUGAACAGCUACUAUAAAGACUUGGACGUGCGAAACUGGCAGGAGUUGUUCUUCUACCGAUGGUUUGCAACCGGAAUUUCUCUCGAGCGGCAACAUGGCUCUUCCGAGAGUCUCGGAGAAUUUUACGUACAGCCGGAUGCGGACGGAGCGCCCGUGGAGUGGCUUGGCAACGGAGUUAGCUUCCCAGGCGUUCCAAGACACCGCACCUUUGCUGAACGUCGCAUGUCUCUCGCGGGUAGGCGAAAAUUCCGAGAUGUGAGAACCGGUCGUUGCUUGAGCACCACAGGCACGGCCCGUGUGCAUGAGGGUCGAUAUGCUGGAAGCAUGCUGUUCAUGAUGACCACAUUAGGAAUGUUACAAGUAUCCAAGUAUCUGACGUACAAGUCAUAG